UUAACUAAAAAGAGGAACAAGUCUCAUUUGAAGACUUUUAACACUUUUCUGAAACUGUAAAUCGAAGACAGCAAAGGAAGAUAAAGGAGAAAACAAAGGGGCAGCACGAAGGUUCUAGGUCCAGAGAGAGGGGGGGGAAACCUAAUGCCGGCCGCGUUUCGAUGUCACGGAUAGCUUGUUGGCGCGCGCAGCAAUCAUUUGGAGACGACCUAGGGUUUCUUGGCCAAGACAUUUACACACAUAAACCCUAGGAAUCAGAGAUAAGCUCGGAAUGUCUGUCUGAUCGAUCACCUUCCAAUGCACUGCAGUGACAUUUUAAAUUCCAAGCCACUUGGAACUUUCUUGUAGAUUGACAAGGUGUACAUCGCUAAUUAAUCGAGUGAAGCAACGAUAAUGGCUCAGGAAAGAUCAUUGCAACAAGGGGAGAAAGCCACCAGUGCCAAAGUCCUCCCGGGCGAAUACCUGGGGCGGGUUCUCCUGGGGGACUCAGUGUCUGGUAGACGGAGGUGCCCUCCCGGGCAACUUUCUACUUCCGCCGGGUCCUAUGACACAUGCUUCUCGAGGCGUGCUACAAUCUCGAGAAGGAGUGCCCAAGUCUCGACAAGAACCUUGGGAGCUCCGGGGGGAACUGCCCCACAGGUUCUUUCUGUCGAGGAAUAUCAACAGCUUAAAAGGAGUUAUGAUGAAUUGAAGGCAAGCCACGAAGAGAACUCAAAGGCACUUAGGGACCUUACAAGUUUUGUGCAAGAUGUUCUGCCUACCGCUAAUCUGCCCUCAUCAGUAAGGCGUUUAGUCUCAAGAGGAGACAAGCCUCAUUCGCCUUCAGUUCAUUCGUAUAUACCACCUCGGACUCCUCAGGGGCCACAUCGUCAUAUAUCCACUCUAGAAGGGAAACAUAUGAAGAGGCGAAGACAGACAUUUCAUGAUGAGGCACCCAUCAGGGUCACAUCACAAAAUCCCUUGAAGUCACAAAUAAAAAGGAUUGUUGAGGAGGUACUUGAGAGGGAAAAGACUAUUUCCGCCCGUGACAACUCAUAUAAGAGAACCCCUUUUGCAGCCAAUCUGUUGAGGCGACCACCCCCUCGAAAAUUUAAACUCCCGCAAUUUCCUGUCUACUCUGGAACGGGAGACCCCAUUCAGCAUGUGCAACAGUUUGAGUCUCUGGUACUCCUGCAUGGAUGGGAUGACGUCACGGCUUGCCAUGUAUUCACCUUGACCCUAGUAGACUAUGCUUAUAACUGGUUUUACAAGCUUCCUGAAGGGUCUGUCUCCUCGUAUGAUCAGCUGCGACGAGAGUUUCUCGUGGCCUUUUCCAUAAAUGCUUCACAAGCAAAAAACCCUAUUUAUCUGCUCUGUGUUCGCCAAGAGCCGCGUGAACCACUAAGGCGUUAUAUUGAUCGCUUUAGGAACGCCAUCUUGGAAGUCCAUGAUGCACCGGCUGAUAUGGUAUCUGUGGCACUUAUGCAGGGGACAACCUACACCCCGUUAAAGGAAUCUUUGGCAUUUGAUAAGCCUACUUCGUUGACUGAUCUUCUCUUGCGUGCCGACAAGUUUGCAGUGCAGGAAGAGAUACUCAAUAGCCUUGACACUUCAAGCAAGGGAAGUCAAGGCACUUGGAGACGUGCCUCUCACUUUUAAUGCGGCAUCCAUAUGCCUGCGGGCAUAGGCGAGGUGCGCCAAAUCACUUGGACAAAAUCCUGGUUUUUUGGCAUUCUCAUAUUCUGGUUUUCUGGUAUUUUGGUGUUCUAGCAUUCUCAUGUACUAAUUGCAGAUGUAAACUCUACUCAAACCACGUGAACAAAAGCUUGUGUAUCUGUUGACUGCAAUACGGAAUCUAUGUUUAUUUUUA